AAGGAUCGUUUCAGCAUAUAAAAAACGCGUGGGAAGAAUGAAGUGAGAAAGCGUAAUUGCUGAACCACCGCGCGCACCGACCAUCUCACAGUACCUUCGCAGAUUUUCAUGUCCAUCUUGCCCAACAAUACCCAAGGUUCUACGACGUCGUCUUCCUCCUCUGCACUCCCUCCAAACCCUAAUUUGCAACAUGGAACCGCAAUACACUCUCAAUCUCAAUCUCAACCUCAAUCUUCGUCCUCUCUUUCCCCCCAAAUUAGAGCACUUCGGAUCUCCGACUCUCAAUCUCCUAUCUCUAUGCCCCACAAUAAUUCAGGGCCGUUGGCUGCAGCUGCAGAAGAUUCUUGUGGAUCUUCCAAAAAGGUGACUGAAUUAGAGACACCAAGUGGUAAGGAGACUUUGCCUCACCAAUAUGGUGACAAGAAUUCCCAGUGUCACUCAGGUGGACAAGGGGUUGGAUCAGCCCAGUCAAUGGGGAAGAUGUCAGGAACUGUUGUUUCUCCUCAAAACCAUCAAAGUAUGGGGUCUUUAAGUUCCCAUGGAAGCGCUAUGCAUUCAGCAGGUAGAAAAGCCCAGUUGACUAAUGCUAACCACUUGCUGAAUUUUCAUUAUGACCCCAUUCCUCGUCCUCAACAUCAACCAAGGGCUCCUGCACCAAGAAGGCAGCGGAAGACGAAGCCAUACAACAAAGAUCUAUUUCUCCAGGCAAAUUACAAAUUCAUGGUGUUAGAUUCAGGAAAUUAUACGCCGGAAUCAAUGGAUCCAGAUAAAAUGUUAAGCUGGGAGGAUAUAAUAUGUGUUAGGUAUUCAACCCCAUUUCCAGUGCAGUGUCCAAUUUGUUUGGAGUAUCCUCUAUGCCCACAAAUAACCUCAUGCGGCCACAUAUUUUGUUUCCCAUGUAUUCUGCAAUACUUGUUAAUGGGAAAGGAGGAUCAUAAAGGUGACAGCUGGAAAAGAUGUCCGUUAUGUUUUGUGAUGAUAUCACCAAAGGAUUUAUACACCAUUUAUAUUGAGGAUGUCAAGAAAUAUUGUGUUGGUGAUAAAAUUGAGUUAAUGCUUUUGACUCGACAAAAGGGUUCAAUCACAUUGUCGUAUAAAAACAAACAAGACAUGGAUAUCGUGCCUUGUUGCAACGAUGAAAUCUGCGAUCCCUUUUCUAAGUUUACAUUUACUUCAGAUGUAGAUCUCUCAGUCAGAAAAGCAAUGUCCGAUCUAGAUGGUUGGUUAGCAAGAGCAGAUUCAGGGCUCGUGAAUGACUUAGAGAAGCUUCCAUAUGUGUGUGCAGCAAUGGAGCAAUUAGAACAGAGGAAGAAGUAUUGGAAUGAUCACCGGGCUUGUGAGAGCAAUAGAUCAUGUAAAAUUUCUGAUUCUCAGGCUGCAUCUCAUGUAUAUGCAUCAACUACAUAUGCUACUCAUACUGAUUAUGAGGCGUGUGGUUUUGGACAUGGAACUCUAUCUACUGAUGUAAAUGAACAAAUUGAAUGGUCUGGUAAUUUUAUAUCGGAUAAGUCAAAUGAAGGGGCUCGGUUGGAUCAAACAGCUGAUGAGAAUGAAUUGUUGGAAGGGCAAGACACAUUUCUAUCUUCUUCAUAUGAUGAAAAGAAUCUGCAAAGGCACUCAAAUGACUCUGGAGAUGCAAAUGACAACAAUUCAUACAAUUUCUACCAGGCAGCUGAUGGUCAGCACUUCAUUCUUCAUCCCUUAAACAUGAGGUGUCUUGUACAACAUUAUGGGAGUUAUGAUAUGCUUCCACGCAGAAUAAGUGGAAGGAUUUUACAGUUGGAGACGGUCACUCAGUCAGAGGCCAUUAGGAGGCGCUAUCGGUACCUAAGUCAUUUUUCCUUAACAACAACAUUUCAGCUUUGUGAAAUUGAUCUGAGUGAGAUGCUACCUCCAGAUGCACUGUACCCAUUCAUGGAUGAAAUAAAGAAGCGUGAAAAGCAGAGGAAACAACUUGCCAAGAAGGAACGAAAGGAGAAAGUUAAGUCUGAAGUUGCCGAUGCAUAUACCAUGUCCAUAAUUCCCAGUUUUGGACAGUCCUCUCAUGAUGACUCGCCCACAUUUUCCAUGGAUGACUUUGAAGCUUUGGGAAGUUCAUCCGUGACAUCAUCGAGCCCUCCACUUGUUGGGGAGAGGAAACUGUUCUCAAAUGUUACAAGGCUUGGUUUUGCUGCUGCGCACGAUUCUCCAUCUUUGAAAAUUCAAGAACCCAAUUCUGUGCUGGACAAUGGAGUGACAGCUAAUCCUUCUGGAUUGAAGACUGCAGGGACGCCUUCAUUUGCUAACAUAAUGUCCAGAGCAAAAUCUGUUGAAACCUUGGAUGCACCCAAGAUGAAUGAGGUGGGGAAGAAGGGGAAGAAACCGAGUCGAGUGCUUUUGUCGACGGCAGGAGGUCGGCGCUAUUGAUUACUUAGAUGCAGACUCUGAAAACUUCUUUUUGUUAGUAAAAAUGGUUCUGUUUAUGACCCUUGGUUAACCUUUGAUGUCAAAAGGAUAUUAUCGAAAGGAGUAUUGAAUCCUAUACCUUGUAAUUUCCAGCACUCGUAUAUUGCUUAAAGAAAGGUGCUAUGUUUGAUCCGAAAA